AUGGAUGACUUCACGCCCAGUGGAGAGAAGCCGUUGUUCUACACCAUAAAUCUGAUUAUCCCCUGUGUCCUCAUCACCUCUCUGGCUGUGUUGGUCUUCUACCUGCCCAGUGACUGUGGAGAGAAGAUCAGCCUGUGUGUCUCUGUACUGUUGGCCCUCACUGUGUUCCUGUUGCUGAUAUCUAAGAUCGUACCGCCAACCUCGCUGGACGUGCCCCUGAUCGGUAAAUACCUGAUGUUCACCAUGGUUCUCGUAACCUUCUCCAUCGUCACCAGUGUGUGUGUUCUGAACGUCCAUCACCGUUCCCCCAGCACACACACCAUGCCCCACUGGGUUCAAGUUUUGUUCCUGGACUGGCUGCCUGCCCUGCUGUGCAUGAGGCACCCCCAGAACAACUCGGCCAGACAGCGUCUCCGUCUGGACCCUGGCGUGGCCUCCUCUCCUUCCUCUUCGCCAUUCCUCCUAUCUCCUGGGUCCUACUACCUCAGAAAAAGGAGUGUGAGGACACAAGAGGGGUUUCUGCCCACGGAGCAACUGUCUGGUCGCCCGUGGUGUCGCAGCUCCAGCUCUGACUUCAGUCACAGUCCUGACCUACAGGAAGCUGUGGAUGGGGUGCGAUACGUCGCUGACUACAUGAUUAGAGACGAUGACAACAAGACUGUGAUUGAGGACUGGAAGUACGUGGCGAUGGUAUUGGAUCGCCUGUUUUUAUGGAUCUUUGCAGUAGGCUGUAUAGCCGGUACUCUUGGGAUCUUCCUCCAACCUUUCUUCCAGCAUCAGACCAUUCCCAUCCGGAAUCUCAGCAGCCUCACCUCACCAAGGGACGUCAUCUUGAAGGAUUCCGUUGUUUAAAAAUAUAUAUAUAUUAUCCAUGUAAAACAAAUAUUGUCGAGCUUUAAAAGCGGACCCCACCACAUGAAAUGAUCUGAAGGACUUAUCAUGUCAACUGGCUAAUGCCGCUACUAUUCUUAGCUACAAUUUAUUACAAUAAUGAUGAAACAAAUG